GCGAUGGCGGCGCGGGGCCGGUGCCCCGAGUGCGGCUCGGGGUCCCUGGUGGAGGACGCGCACUACGCGCAGCAGCAGCUGGUCUGUGCCGCCUGCGGCUGCGUCUUGUCCGAGGGGCUCCUCACCACCACCUACACCGACGAGGAGCAUCUGCGGGAGGUCGCCUAUUCCCAGAGCACUGGCCAGAAGGAGCAGCGGAGCCGCUGCCUGCAGCGAGGGAUCCGGCGGGUCCAGGACCUCUGCAAAGUCCUGCAGCUCCCGGCCGUGUUCGAGGAAACGGCCGUGUCCUACUUCCAGAGGGCUCUGCAGCUCCCUGCCUUCCACCUGGUCAGCCUGGAGAAGAAGGAGCUGCUGGGGGGCUGCUGCGUGUUCGUGACGUGCCGCCAGCACAACUGGCCCCUGACCAUGGGCAGCAUCUGCUCCCUGCUCUACGCCAAGCAGGAUCUGUUUGCCAGCGUCUACCUGAGCCUGCAGAAGGAGCUGGGGCUCUCGGUGCCCGCGCUGAGCCUGGCAGACCUGGUGACGACGCACCUGAACAGCUUCCGCCUCUUCCAGCCCACGGCCAACGUCCCCGCGCCGUUCCUGGAGGACAGGGAGAAGCUGCUGGCCCGGACCCUGGGCAUUGUGGAGCUGGCCAGCGAGGCGUGGCUGGUGACCGGCCGGCACCCCGUGCCCAUCGUCACGGCCGCGGCCUUCCUGGCCUGGCAGUCGCUGCGGCCCGGCCCGCGCCUCUCGUGCCCCUUGGCGCGGUUCUGCCGCCUGGCGGGGGUGGAUCUGCCCCCUCCGGCCCACCUCAGGCUGAAGGAGCUGCUGGAGAUCCUGCUGGGAAUGGCCUCCCAGCUCUCCUGGCUGCGCGGCUUUCGGCUGGACAAGAAGACGGUGGUGAAGCACAUCGGGGACCUGCUGCAGCACCGGGUGUUCCUGCUGAGAAACGCCUUCAGCCAGGACGGGGAGGAGCAGCAGGACACGGCCCCGGGCCAGGGCUCCCCGAGCCAGGACCCUGUGGGGCCAGACUCCUUGGAGAAGGACUCCCCGGGGAAGGGCUCCCCAGAGAAGGACUCCCCAGAGAAGGACUCCCCAAGCCAGGACCCCGUGGGGCUGGACUCCUUGGAUAAGGACUCCCUGGAGAAGGACUCCCCGGAGAAGGACUCCCCAAGCCAGGACCCCGUGGGGCUGGACUCCUUGGAUAAGGACUCCCUGGAGAAGGACUCCCCGGAGAAGGACUCCCCAAGCCAGGACCCCAUGGGUCUGGACUCCCUGGAUAAGGACUCCCUGGAGAAGGACUCCCCGGAGAAGGACACCCCGGGCCAGGACUCCCCAGGCCGGCGCUCCCCCAGCUCUCCAGUGCCACAGGAGCGGGGCUGUCCCUCGGCAGGGAAGCGCCAUGGCGGGCGCUCCCUGAGGCCGCUGCUCCCGCCCUGCCUCAUCCACCCCAGGAAGAGGCUGCGAGCGGCGGCUCCGAGCGCUCCGGCCGCGGCCGCCACAGGCGACGAGCCCAUCUCGGACAGCGAGAUCGAGCAGUACCUGCGCAGCCCCGAGGAGAUCCAGGCCUUCAGGAAGGCCAAGGGCUGGCUGUGAAGGUGGCCGUGGCCCAGAGGACGGUGCUGCCAGGGACGGUUUUGGGACCAAAAUGUGAAGCCCAGCAGGGACAGAGUGAUUGUGCUGCAGAGAGUCGCCCGGGGAAUGUGGGGAUGGCUCAGGCUGGGUCCUCCUUAACGUGCUGGACCCAAAUGGAGCUUUUUAUGGAGUGACUGCUUCAGGUCAUGCUACAUUUCUGUUAUAAAUAAAUAAAAGUGCAGAUGCCAGGUUUUCCAGGACAGCCUCA